AUGGACCAAAAAAAAUCUAUAAAUUGGGUAGAUACUUUGAAAAAAUAUGUUUAAAACAAGGCUUAAAGAACUGCAUAAGAAAUAGAUGAUGAAACAGAUUAAUUAUUUUUAUAAUAUAUUGAAGAAGCUAAAUAAAAAGAAGAAAAAGAUGAUUAAAGUUAUAAAAAAAUACCAAAGUUUUUCCAAAAAGCCUUAUUAAAUGAAAAUCAAUUAAGCUUUAGAGUUAGAUAAGAGGCAAGAACAAGAUUUUUACACCAUAAAACUAGCGAAAUUUUAGAUAAAGAAGAUUUAGAAAAACUAUGGGUUUUAUUAAGAGAGAAUAUUUCUCCUCCAUAAGAUAAUAAAGAAAGAAUAAAUUAUAACAGUUUUUUAACAAUAGCAAGUAUGUUACCUAUAAAAUGCAGACACUUUUUUUCUGCAAGUACUUUUUUGAAAUUCGAUAGAGAUGAAUAUGGAAGAAUAGAUAUAAUAGCGUUUUUCCAUUCUAUAGUGAGAAAAGUAAACCUUUUUUAAACUAGAAUAUAAAUAUCAUUAUAUGAUACUAUAGGAAAUGGUUAUUUAAGAGAAAAAGAUUUAGAAAAUUACAUUUUCGAAUUAAUUCCUAUAUUUGCUUAAUUAUAAAAUUUAUAAGAAAACUUUUACCCUUUUUAUGUUAUUACUGCCGUAAGAAAAUUCUUCUUUUUUUUAGAUCCUAAAAAAACUGGUAGAAUUUAUAUUAAAGAUAUGCUAACUUCUCCUAUUCUAGCUGAGUUAUAUGAACUUAGACAAGAAAAGUUUAGUCCUGAAGAAUUAUAAUAAAAUUGGUUUUCAGUUUAAAGUGCAUUAAAAGUUUAUUAAAAAUACUUAAAAUUAGAUAUAGAUCAUAAUGGGUUAUUAAAAAAAAUCGAACUGUAAAAGUAUAAUUGGGGUCUAACAAACAUUUUUACUGAUAGAGUUUUUGAAGAAUGUUAAACUUUUGAAGGAGAAAUGGAUUAUAAGACAUUCCUUGAUUUUGUAUUGGCAAUGGAAAAUAAAAAAACACCAUAAGCUUUAUAAUACUUUUUUAAAAUACUUGAUGUCUAUCAUAAAGGAGCUAUAGAUACUUUUGUUAUUAAUUUGUUUUUUAGACCUAUAGUAUAAAAGCUUGAACAAAAAGAAAAAUGUGGAUUUAAUGUAGAAGAUGUAAAAGAUGAAAUAUUCGAUAUGGCUAAACCUCAAGUUCCACAUGCUAUAACUUUAUAAGAUUUAAUAAAUUGUGGAUAAGGUGAUAUUAUUGUUUCUAUGCUUAUUGAUGCCAAAGCUUUCUAUGAUUAUGAUUAAAGGGAAAGUGGAAACUUUUUAGAAACUGAUGAAUAUAAUUAUGAUUUUUGA